GGUCAAUGAUACAGUUAACUCCUGGUCCCUGGAGGAGGUGCAGGAGGGAGACACACGCUCCUUGCACGCAGCGGAGGUAAAGCUGUUAAUACCUGAUUGUUGACCAACAGGAAGGAAAAGGAAAGUUGAAUUUCGUGUUGGAAGGAGCGGAGCCGCCUGCGCGCGCUGCGCCGGGUCAGCCUCAUUCUACCGGCGGGAUGGGAACCGGAGUCAGGGCUUUACUUCCACACACCGGCUCGCUGGUUCCGUUAACGGGCAGGUAAUUGUCACCUGAGGACAAAAGCUGCAGUUUGGGGACAGCCUUGACAGCUGGUGGAUGUUGCGUCAUGGAGAUGAAGAAGAGGCUCCGAGUCAUGCUGGUGAUGUUGCUAUGGAUUAUCCCAGGUGACACUCACAAGGUGGAGAUGCCCAGCAAAGAGAUGGAGGUGGUGAAGGGCCAGAUGGUGGUGUUACAGGCCUGGUACAGCCCCAACUCCGACAUCUCACUGAACACCAUCAUCUGGCACUUUACAGGCAACGAGUCCAAACAGGUGAUAAACUUCAGCUCAGGGAAAGUCGGGCACGGACAGAACGAGUUUACCAAGAGGGUGGGCUUCAGUGUGACCAUGCCCUCGGCCAACCUCUCCAUUUACAUAAACGACACCCAAGAAACCGACUCGGGGCAGUACUUGUGCCAUGUCAUCGUUCCUGGUGGUCCCGGCCUCACCGGAGAGAUGAGGCUCAACGUCAAAGUCCCACCAUCACCUCCAGUGUGCAGCAUGACAGGAACCUCGGUGGUGAAAGGCAACGUGACUCUGAGCUGCAGGUCCAGUGAUGGGAAACCAGCUCCUCAGUAUAAAUGGACCAAGGCUGCACCUGUUUCUGAGGUCUUCUUCUCCCCGAUGCAGAAAUGGAGAGCAUGUCCACAGCCCAUGCUUGUCCUUGGGUUCAUGGAUGAGAGACACGGCACCCUCAGGCUCAGCAACCUGACUAAAAGCAUGUCAGGGAAGUACAUCUGCAGAGCCAGCAACACGGCCGGCUCCGACAGCUGCUCCAUCAACCUGGAGGUUGUCACCUCGUCCAAUACAGGUAUGAUUGCUGCAGCCACACUGGGAUCAGUGGUGGGACUGGUGGCCAUGGUGCUCUUUCUCAUAUUCAUACUGAAGAGGAGACGGGAUACGGAGGAGGAGAUGGCCAAUGAGAUCAAGGAAGAUGCUCAGGCUCCAAAGCGAGUAUCGUGGGCUAAAAGCAACACCGGCUCUGACAUUGUGUCAAAAAACGGUACGCUCUCCUCCAUAGCCACCAGCCCUCGAUCACAAGACCCCCAUCAGCCCAACUUCCGGUACCCAUACUCCCCCAUGUCGGCAUCGGACACGAGCUCAGUCAUCAACGCCUACCAGCUGCGACCCGGCGAGGCCACCAGCUUACAGGGACUUCCUGGGUACAACAUGGGAGGAACACCAACACGCAAACACAAGAGGCCCGCCAGCGCUAACGGGGCUCCUCCGCAGAUUCUCAGGAGCCCUGCAGUCGGCACCCCCAAACGGACUGAUGGAGCUCAGCCUCAGGUGCCCCCACUUCUUACUGCGUCCCCACAGAUCAGCUCCUCCACCCUGACGCGAAUGGGAGCCGUGGCCGUGAUGGUGCCUGCUCAGAGCCAAGCUGGAUCACUGGUGUAGCCUCCAGAAACGACUAUGAUGGACAAGUUCUCUGACUUGGAGAUCACUUCCACCUCCACCAGUUCAAGUGCGUCAUUUGCACAAACUGAUCACGAGACCAGUGAGACGUUCCAGUUCCUUUUCCAGCUUUUAUUUCUACGCUGCUCAUUAAAGAGGAAUAUAUUUUUGUUUUUUCUGCCUAAAAACUCUUCAAUAUGUCAAUUUCCAGGCAGCAGGCUUGUUUUCGUCUUAAAAUUGUAAAUCGGAACAAGUGGUUCAUGAAAAAUGUUUUGUUUAUAAAGGUUUAUAUGAUUUUUUUUUAGAAUUCUCAACCUAUUUUCAGUGAUUUCUGUUCGACUUUACCCGCCUGUGUAGAAAUGAGGUUUCAGUCGCUUUUUACGAGGCCGACUGCGUCACUGGGACAGCUCCAAAAAUUCAGAUGCUGUGAAAAAGUUCACGUUUUUUUGUUACUCGUCUCAAAAAGCAAAACAAUUCUGAUUUAUUUCACGCAGACUGAAAUAUUUCAAUGUUGAAGUUUGAUUUUCUGAACAGUUUUUCACAAAAUUCCAUUUUUUUAGCUGUAGUUCUGAACUAAAACUCUAGAACCGUUUGAAAUAUUUCACCCAUAUUUACAGGAUGUUUUAUGACCUAACCAGAGAGCGUAUUAAAGAUACUUUUAUUAUUACCUGUUAGAAUGUAAACCAUUAACGGUGAGGAUCACUGCAAACACGAGGCCGUCUGAUGAAACUAAACAGGAAAACAAUGAUACUGGUCUACAGGGAUGAUGAUGAUGAUGAUGGUUCACUGAUGUUGAAAGGUUCCGUCUGACACUUUUACUUGUGCAGUGUUUGACCAAGUUCAUUUGAAUGUAAACAGACUUUCUUCUCGGAAAGUGAUAGUUUUACUUUGGGAGUGUGAUCAUAAACAAAACGACCCAUAAAUAUAUUUUGCUGUGCUGAAAACCUGAAAUACAGCUUCUGGGUGUCCGCUGAUGUCAGGCGGCCAUCUUUAUUCGUUUAAUGUUUAGUGUUGGGGUAAAAAGUGCUUUAUCUACUUCGGUUACAGGUGUGAGUGGUAAUGAUGGUGUGCUUGUGUAAAAUAAAUAAAAACAGUUCAUCUUCAAAUGCA